AUGGCCUCUCUGCAGCUCCAGCAGUUCUGCUGCCCAAGUCUCGCGACCCGCCUGGUGUGGCGCUUCCACCCGCCGGUGUGGCAUGGGCUGUGCUUGGGCAGUGCUGCGCUGGGCCUGGCCGGGCUGCUCCUGCAGGCCGUGGUCAGGCACCGCCGGGGCUGUGGCAAGGGGGCUGGCAGAGGCUCUGAGCGCAGGCUCCGUGCUGCCAGGGGGAUAGUAGCUGCCGUUACUGCCAGCAGCUGUCUGGGCACUGCAGGGAUCCUGAGCCGCUCCGUGCUGUGGCUAGCAGCCCCCCCUGGCUCUGCAGGCGAGCUGCCCACGAAUGGGACGGCAGGCUUUGCCGGGCCACUCUGCACUCUGGCUGUGAUGUGGGUGCAGUACUUCUACACGGCUCACUUCUGGGCCUUGUUCUGCUACGCGCUGGAGGCUGUUCAGUUGCUGCGGAGACCUGCAGGCUGCAGGUCCCUGACUCCCUACUACCUGUUGUGCUGGGGCCUGUCCAGCACCCAGUGCCUGUGGGGCGUCCAGCAGCUCCUGUCCCCCGCCAGUGCCAGGUGUGACGCGCAGCGCCCACUGGCACAGAUCCUGGCCGUGGCUCACUACACUGCUGCCUACGUGCCGCUCUCGCUGGUCCUGCUGGUGAACCCUCUGCUUCUCUCCAGGGCCCUCUGUGCAGCCACAGCCCUGCUGAGGGGGCAGACGGGCAGGUACACAGCCAGUGAACGGCUCCAGGAGCAGCAGCUUAGGAGGAGAUUCACUAGCAUCACUGUCACCUUCACUGCCUGCUGGCUAGGGAAUGUGGUGAAUGACGGGCUACUCCUGCUGGAGCCUGCAUGGCGCACGGAGACCCUGCGGCUGUUGCACGUGGCCAUCCGAACCUCCUGGAUCAUUGUGGCCAUCCUGAACCCCAUGUCAGGGCUCCUGCUGUCCCUGGCGUUGGUGGGCUGGCAUCGGGCAGGGCAGCCGGUGGGUAGAGCAGCAGCGAGGACUCUCCUGAGCCUGUCCUGGGUCUUGCGGCCGCGCCUGGCCAGCUGCGGGCCCCCAACCUGCUCGACCUGCCGACCUCCAGGGCGUCCCUGGAGUUAA